AGAAGAAACUCAGUGAGAGCAACGCCAGAAAGAAAACACUAGAAAAUUCCAUUUUUUUGAGCGCCAUUAAAACCUAGAAAUAAACACUAGGGAUAGAAGAAACCCUAGUAACUCAUGGGUUUUUCACACAUUGAUUUCAACAUGGUCAUGCUCCAGAGGUUUAUUUGUUUGUGCUCCGGGGUUCAGAUCCUCUAUGUAUUUCUCUCCGAGAGAAUCGCUGGUGGAUCUGAGGAUUAGGGUGUUCAUUCUGAGAUUUUUGUCAAAUACUCAUUGGCUCUAUCUUAUUGAUUCUAUUCCUCAGAUUUCAGGAUGCUUCGUGAUGUAUCUUCACUUAGAUUCUUCCGACGCAAUUCUGGGAAGAAUGCUCAGCCAGAGUCUGACGAGAACAAACCUGGGAAUUCAAUAGAUCCUUCACCCUCCUCAUUAGUACAAGAGGCAUCAAGGCCACCUUUAAAUGUAAUCCAAGAGACCUGCCAAUUACCUAAAUCUGCAUCGGAUCAAGAAUUGACCCAUCGGACAAAGAUAGAGAGAACUCCCUCCAAGAACAAGGCCAAAAGCUCUCUAGAACCACAUGCACCUUUUACUACACCAGACAAACAUGGGGUUUCUUCUAUUCAAGGAAGAAACAGGUUUGGAUGGGCAAGCAAGAACGAGUUGGUGAACGGAAGGAAAUCUCCUGCUCCACUAGAGAAACGAAAUGAGGUCAAGGAUGAGGUGCAUUCAAACCAGGGGUCUGCAGGAUAUAUAGAAGGUAGCCAUGGAUUGACACAAUUGCCUCCAUCUAACAGAGGGGCAAGUUCUGUCCUUUCGACCCCACACUCAACUAGAACUCUUGGAAAGUGGGGAUCUUGUAAUUCUUCAGAAAGUGGAUCUACCCAAAGUACCCCUGCAAAGAGUGGGUCUAAGGCCACUAACCAGGGUGUGGGCUACCGUCCUCCUGUUGGUGUCUCGUUGCGAGCAGGGAAUGCAGCUUUGAUGUCCAAAGGGCUCUCAAUUGCAAUGUCUUCACCAUCACCAUCUGUUAUCAACACAAUUGAGGUGCCUCAUUUUGAGCUUAGAGAGGACAUAUCAUUCUGGAUGGAUCACAAUGUACAGGUUCUUAUACGCAUCCGCCCCCUCAAUAGUAUGGAGCGGAGUUUGCAUGGAUUUAACAGAUGUUUGAGACAGGAGAGUGCUCAGACUAUUACUUGGAUUGGGCAGCCAGAAACCCGUUUCACUUUUGAUCAUGUAGCCUGUGAGACUAUUAAUCAGGAGAUGCUUUUUAGAGUUGCGGGUCUGCCAAUGGUGGAGAACUGCAUGUCUGGAUAUAAUAGUUGCAUGUUUGCCUAUGGUCAAACAGGAAGCGGCAAGACAUAUACCAUGUUGGGCGAUAUUGAUGAGGUUGAUGUCAAGUCCAAUGCUGAUCGUGGAAUGACACCACGUAUCUUUGAAUUCUUGUUUGAAAGGACAAGAGCGGAAGAAGAAAGCCGAAAAAAUGAGAAGCUGAGGUAUGCUUGCAAGUGUUCCUUCUUGGAGAUAUACAACGAACAAAUAACAGAUCUUUUGGAACCCUCAUCAACAAAUUUACUGCUACGAGAGGAUAUGCUUAAAGGUGUAUAUGUUGAAAAUCUCACAGAAUAUGAAGUCAAUACAGUACAUGAUGUUCUUAAGCUCCUGGUUCAGGGUGCUGCAAACAGGAAAGUUGCAGCAACAAACAUGAACCGCGAGAGCAGCCGUUCUCAUAGUGUUUUCACAUGUGUCAUUGAGAGUCGGUGGGAAAAGGAUUCUAUGACCAAUUACCGAUAUGGGAGACUAAACCUUGUAGACCUUGCUGGUUCUGAGAGGCAAAAGACUUCGGGGGCCGAAGGAGAGCGCCUCAAGGAAGCUGCUAAUAUCAAUAAAUCCUUGUCAACAUUGGGUCAUGUUAUAAUGGCUUUGGUUGACGUGGCACAUGGAAAACAACGACAUGUUCCUUACAGGGAUUCAAGGCUGACUUUUCUUCUUCAGGAUUCUUUGGGUGGCAAUUCGAAAACGAUGAUUAUAGCUAAUGUCAGCCCGUCAAUCGGUUGUGCGAAUGAGACUUUCAGCACGCUCAAGUUUGCUCAGCGUGCUAAACUCAUUCAGAAUAAUGCUGUUGUAAAUGAGGAUGCUUCGGGAGAUGUAACAGCAUUACAACAUCAAAUAAAAUUAUUAAAGGAUGAGCUUGCGCUUUUUAAGCGUCAGAAUGUUUCGAGGUCUCUUAAGUUUGGAGAAGGGAGUGACAGCUUUACAAAAAGGCUGCCUGAAACAAUCCACUCAAAGGUGGAUGAUUUGCACAGUUUUGUAGCUUUUGGCAGUCCAACGGUCUCAACUAAGAAGUUGAAGUCAUUGGAAGCUACGUUAACUGGGGCUCUCCGAAGGGAACAAAUGGCAGAGAAUGUAACCAAACAAUUAGAAGCCGAAAUUGAACAGCUAAACCGCCUGCAGGUUCGUCAAAGAGAGGAAGAGAGCCGUGGUUCCAAAAUGAUGCUCAGGUUUCGAGAGGAUAAAAUUCGCAGGAUGGAGAUGCUUGUAGAUGAGUUAAUUCCUGCAGAUUCAUAUUUACAGGAGGAAAAUAAUGCUUUAAAUGAAGAAAUCCAGUUGCUUCGGACCCGAGUAGAUAGAAACCCAGAAAUUACCCGUUUCGCUAUGGAAAAUAUCAGGCUUCUCGAACAACUUAGGAGGUUUCAGGACUUUUAUCAAGAAGGAGAGAGAGACAUACUUCUAGCAGAAAUAUCUCAUCUGCGGAAUCAGCUCUUGAAUAUUCUUGACGAGAAGUGUGAUCAAACCGGAAAGUGUGAGCAAGAUAAGGAUCAUAAUUCGUACUCUACAUCUCAGGGGGCAGUACAGUCUGAAUUGGCCCACACAGCCCAAGAAAAUGAGUUACUCCAUUUAGAGGUCAAUAGCACUUUAAAGGAGUUAGAAGAUUGUAAAAACCGUUUGAGCUCUUGCCUGGAAGUCAAUGAGAAACUGACUACGGAAAUGAGAAAUAUGCAACUUCAACUACAAGAACUAAAAUGUACUUGCAGUAACUAUGAAUCAGAGAUCAAAACUUUGCAGGGACAAAGUUUAUUUGCUACAUCUGGUGGUGAGGCAGCAGAUGUCGAUAGCAUUAAAACUGUCAUAACAAUUGAACAAAUCCAGGAUCCUUUACAGGGAUUACAACCUCUGUUAUCCCAGGAAGCAGAGAAGCACAUGCUUGGUGAAAAUGAUGGGCAAUUGGAGAAUAAAGUUUCAAGGAAAUAUUCAGAAGAAUUACUUAAUCUGCAAUUGGAGCUUAACUGGGUAAAGGGUAUCCUAGAAGAAGAGAGAUUAUCGCGUGCAUGUGUAGAGGAGAGGGCUUCACAUCUCAGUAACGAGCUGAAGGAUGCAAAAUCCCUGGCUGAGGCUCUGGAAUCUCAAGACAUUUUAUCAAUCAAUGAGUUGGAAGAUUUGAGAGAAGCCAACAUGAAAUAUUCUGAGCUUCUACAAAGGCAAGAAGAUGAAAUAUCCCUCUUGAAGAAGCAGAUUGGUCCUAGUUUGGGAACUAAAGAAGAUGUGCCUUUGCAGAAGCUCGAAGCUUGGAAGCAUGUGAGCAAUAAAGAUUCCCCAUUGCUUGAAAAACUCAAACAAAUGCAGCUUGCCCUGGAAAAGUCUAGAAAGCUGAACAUGAGAUACCAAAACGAUCAGGUUUCUCACACAACUCAUGAACAAGAGAUGGACCGUAUACGCCAGCAAGUUGAGGCAGAAACUGCUGAAGCAAUCAUAUGUUUACAGGAAGAGCUUGCAACUCUUCAGCUGCAAGUUGAUACCAGCAACGAAAAGGAAGUAGAAGCAAACCGAAACUUGGUAGCAUUGGAAAAAGAGUUCAAAAUUUUGCAGGGAAGGCUAGAAAUGGUGAUCCAAGAGAAUUCAAGGCUUCUGGAAUUGGUUGCUGGGAAAGAAGAUGACAUAAAAGCACUGAACAAUGCAUGGGAGAGGUCAACUUUUGAACUUUCGGAGUUUCUUGCUGAUGGUUAUGGUGCACUUGAUGAUGCUUCCAACCAGGCAAACUGUAUCUCUGAUUCCUUCCCUAAAGGAAAUUCCCGAAUCGGUCAAGAAUUCGAAAGAUUGGUUAGAACUAUUGUGGAAAAAGACGAGUGCAUUGAGGACCUCCAUAAACAACUUGGGGAUGCCCACACAACAGCACAUGAUUUGGACUGGAAAUUGAGGUCCUUAAGGGGAGCAGCAAUGGCCAUGGCAGACGCUCAACAGCUAGAGACUACUGAGAAGGAGAGAGAGAUUUUUCAAUUGCAGUCACAGUUAAGUGAGAAGAUCUCACUUGUUAGUGAGCUUCAAGAUCAAAUUGAAGGGGGGAAAGCCCAGAUUAAGAAGGCAGAGGUCUGUGCUGCUGUAUCAUUUCUCACAGUGAACAGGCUAUCAGAAACAAAUUUGGUUCAGCUUGAGCAUUUGAGAACAAAGAAGGAUAAGAUUAUUUGUGACCAAAGCACUGAGAUUAAUGAAUUAAGAAACAAGAUUAUUGAGAUGCGUCUCCAAAUGAACUUAUUGGAAGAAAGCAGUUUUGACCUUAAGAACUCACUUGAUUCUUCUCUGGGUCAUGUCCAAGCCAUGGAGCUUCAAAAGGACAGACUUCUAACAGGCAUUGAUAUUUUGAAAUCUGAAUUGAAAGAUAUGGAACUGCAGGUCGAGAAUGCAUGGGAAAGGGCAUUUAGUUCAGAGGCCAUCAUGUGUCUGACCAUUGGGGCCAAUCAAGACCACAUGUCUGGGUGUCUUACAAAAGUUUUGGAUAAACUUCAGUCUGAUGAGAUUUUAUUGACAAACGAGAGAUUGGGUCAGUUUAGGAUGGGGGUAGACAACCUCACUUCUUGCAUGAAUGGGUUUCUUGGACAGGUGGAGAAUCCUGUAAAGAGGCAAACCAGGCUGAAGGAUUUGAAUGGGGAUGUUGUUGCUGCUUCUUGUGGGCUGGUGAAAUCCGAGGAAUGGACAAAGGCAGUACUGGCUCAUGACAAUGGAGAGAAAGCAUUGUGGACCGAGGAGGAGAGAGAUUUAAAUGGUCGUGCUGUGUAUGUGGAUAAAGACACAAUAACAGGUAUAUAUUUUGGCAUAUCUGCAGGCACAGUAACUGAGACUACUGCCCAUCUAACUCUGAAUAAAGAUUUGUGUAGUGGAAUGAAAGAGGUCGAGGAUCCGUCAACUUUUAUCAAAAAAAUGAGAGAAGUUAAGGAUAUGGAGCGAAGAAGCAAUUCUUGUCCUAAAGAUAUGGCCAUACAGCUUCUGAGACAGGAAAUUGAAUCUGCACUUGGUAGCUUAAAGGAGGUGCAGGCUCAGAUGAGUGUGAUUAUCCACGAGAAUAAGGAGCUGAAGAAGUCAGAGGAAGAAAGCAGUGGGAAGAUUAAAGCCUUUGCAUCAGAGAUUCUCAAAUUACAAGCUGAAGUGAGCUGCAGAGAAGAAUGGUUACAACUUGCUGUUUCGAAGAUGUCUCAUAGGCUUUACAGAGUUCAAGAAAGGGUUGAAGAGUCCAAAGCUCAUUGGUACAAGUCCAAAGAGGUGUUGUCUAUGGAACUCAGUGAUGCUAAGGUAAAUGCAGCUCAAAAAGCAGAUGAAGCCUCUGUUUUGCUUUCAAAAUUUCAAGAGGCUCAAGAAACUAUGAAAGAGGCAGAUCUCAUGGUAAAUGCAUUGAUGAAAGUGAAGGAAACUGCAAAGCUUGAAUUGCAAGGGUAUAAGGAGAGGGAAUGCGAAUUCCUUGAAGAGAGGGCCACAUUGGUUGAUGAGCUUCAAGAUUUGAAGUCCUUAGAGCAGCAGUUUGAAUUUCUACAUGAACAUUGCUCUUUGAAUCUGGAAGAAAUCAGGAGCGUGUUCUUGUCAGUUGAGGAACUCUUUGUUCAAGUGAAGGAGGUGACCAAGGGAAAAUUCCAAGCAAUAACUAAUGAUAUUUCUGAACUCAGAUUUGGGCUCUUAAACUCUACAAAUUUGUCAAAGUCAUGGCUUGAAGACAUAUGGUCUGAGAUAAUUGGCAAAGAUUGUGCUGUAUCUGUGUUACACCUGUGUCACAUGGGGAUUUUACUUCAAACUGUUACUGGAUUGAAUGCUGAGAUUGGUUUUAUUAACCAUGGACUCUGUGAAUCUAAUUCUUUGGUUGCUAAUUUAAGAGAUCUUAAUCUUAAGGCAAAAGGUGAACUUGAAACCUGUAGCAUUCUUAGGGGAAAACUCCUCAUUGACAUCAAGAACAGCUUUGAUAGAAUAAUACGAAAAGAGGACGAGACGGGGAAGAUUAGUGCCAAAUUGAGCUCUUUUGAGCAGAAGAUUCUUGAUUUGCAAGUACAAGAAGAGUCAAUGCUGGCAAAGUCAAAUGCUAUGGGUUCUGAGCUUGCUGCUUUGAUCAAAGAAUUGGAUGAGCAUGAGCGGCAUGCUUUGGUAGAGCAAGAAACACUCAAGAGAGAGAAAGAGGAAGCUCAUCGUAAAUUGGAGGAGCAAGAAAGACUAAUGACAGAGAAAGAUGAAGGUCACCAUAAAUUGGAGGACGACUCCAAGAGGUUGCAGGAGCUAAUACAGGUUCAGCAUGACUGGUUUAAAAAAUCUAUGAGAAAAGAGCUGGAUUUAUUUGGAGAUGACUCUCUCUCUGAGUUUAACCUUGGCAUCAAAGAUAUUCAGGGUGGAAAGUUAAACAUUGCUUGCUAUAAGAAACUAAUUGAGAGAGAUAUUGAGAUUUUGAUGACAGAACUAGUUGCAAGGGACAUUGAAGUUACAUAUUUAGCAUCAGAGAUGGUGGAGGGGAAUGCACUAAGCUUUAAUAUUUUGACUGAGCUGGAUCAAGUUCAAAAGGAGAAAGAUUGUUUAUAUCUUCAGGUACAAGAUUCCUGCAACCAUAUUUCUAAAGUAGAAGAAGAAGUCAAAAGUGUAAAAAUUGUGUUGCAGGAUGAAAAACAGAAACUACAAACUGAUAUAGAGAAGAAAAAUGCUGAAAUUGUUAAGAUUCAAGGUGAGCUUGCAGAGAAAAAUCGAGAACUGGUAAUCCAGAAUGAUAAAAUAUGUACUGCAAGAACAGAGUUUGAUAAAAUUAAGAGGGAACUCACUGAAGUUAUGGAGGAUAGAGGGAGGGUAUUAGCAGAAGUCCGUAUUCUCAAGGCUGAAAAUACCAGAAUCUUUGAAGACUUGAAAAGUCAGCAUGAUGAAACUGAAUCAUCAUCCAUCCAAAUGUCAGUCCUUGAUCAGAAAAACCAGAAGUUACGGGAUGAAGUAUGCUCAUUGCGGUCUUUAAUUUCUGGUCUUCAAACUGAUCUAGAAAAGAAAAUCACAGAAUUGAUGGAACUUAAUUGCUCUAAUUCUGCCAUUGCGAAGGAGUUUGCAACAAAAAGUCAAGCAAUGGCAACUCAGUCUGGAAUAAUAAACUCUUUGAAAAUUGAAAAUCAGAGACUAAAACAAGAACUUGGUGAAGUUAAGGAAGUUGGAGAGAGAAUGUCAAUAGAGGGUCAGAAUUUCAGAAUUGAGCAUGCCAGGGUUGUAGAAAGUUUGAAGGGGAGGGAAGUAGAAAUGGAUAAUUUGCUUCUCACAAAGCAUGAGACUUGUGAAAGUUUGGCUGCAGAAAGAAGGCAAAACUAUGAAAUACUUUCAAAGUUGCAUGGAAUAGAUAAUAUGUUUAGUUCCUUGAGUAUGCUGACAGAGCACUGCUCUGAUACAUUUGAAGCUGUGGAUGCUCUUUGCAACAGACUUUUGCAUUUAGAGGGUGAAUCACUUUCUUGCAUUCUUUUGGAGGAGAGAGAAGGAAAGAAAUUCAGAUUGGCAGAUAAAUUGCUCCAACAUCUGUGUGAUUGUGAAGAAACUGCUCAGAAUUUCAUAGAAGAAUCAGAUUCUUUGGAGGCGUCUGCUAAAAAAUUGGUAUCUGAGAAUCUCUCUCUCAGUGCUGAAUUGGCUCGCAAGGAUGAAAUUGUGCAAGGAUUAUUAUUUGAUAUGCACUUAUUGCAAGAGUUGGCAUCCAAUGCAAAAGACAGAAACAAUGAAAUAGAGGAAAUGCUUCAAGUACUGGAAUCGACUGAGGAUGAGCUUGAGGCUGCUGUUGCCCGCAAUCAAAUGUUUGAAAUCCAAUUGGCAGAAAAAGUUGAUUCUAUCUCUGGACUGGAAAUGGAACUUGCAAAUACUCAGGAGUCUGUAAAGCUAGUUUCAGAUGAAAAUCUUAGUUUGAAUAAUGACAUAAAAGUAUUCUUAACAAAGAAACAGUCUAUUGAAGCUGAGUUGGAAGAAAAAGUUAAGUUGAUUGAAGGAUUGGAAGAGGAAAUUGUUGAAAUAAAUUCUUUUCUAGACCACGAUAAGCUUCUUAUUGAAGGUUUCAAGAAUGAUUUGGCUAAAGUUGGUAGUGAGAGAGACAGUCUUGAAGCUGAGGUACUUGCCUUGAAAGAUCAGCUAGAAAUGGCUCAGGCUUUGGCUGAAGAAAAUGAAGCCAUUGCUGCUGAAGAGCGCCAGAUAGGCGAGGCUCAAAAGGCCUACGCCGAGGAAAAGGAGGAAGAGGUGAAGCUGUUGGAGAGGUCUGUGGAAGAGUUGGAACGCACUAUAAAUGUUUUGGAGAACAAGGUUGAAAUCAUCAUAGGUGACGCGGAAAGGCAGCGGUUGCAGAGAGAAGAGCUAGAGCUAGAGCUCCAGGCUGUAAAGCAUCAGAUGUUAAAUGUACAGAGUGUGGAUAUGGACAUCUUGAGCAUUUCAAGAGAGGUUGAGAAUGGCAUGGCAAGCCAUCUAGGGAAGAAAGAAAUAAAGCUGCAAGAGGCCCAAAAGAAGAUAAGCAUUCUUGAGAAGGACAUUUUUGAGAAGGAAGCUGAGAUCGAUAAAUGCAAAGCUCAUAUAACAGAGCUGACCUUGCAUGCGGAGGCACAGGCAAAUGAAUACAAGCAAAAGUUCAAAGCCUUAGAAGCAAUGGCACAACAAGUCAAGCCUGAAACAAGCACCAGCCAGGUCAUGCCUGCAAUGUCCGCGAGGACAGAGAGAAGUGCUUCAAAAUCGAGAGGUUCGGGCUCACCUUUCAAAUGCAUUGGCUUGGGAUUGUCCCAUCAAAUAAACUCGGAAAAGGAUGAAGAGCUCUCUGCCGGAAGGCAACGGAUAGAGGAACUCGAAGCAUUAGCUGCAAGUCGACAAAAAGAGAUAUUCAUGCUGAAUACUAGACUCGCAUCUGCAGAGAGCAUGACACAUGAUGUGAUCAGGGACUUGCUUGGAGUUAAGCUGGACAUGACCAACUACGUUUCAUUUUUGGAUCAUCAACAUGUACUUGAGAUUUCAGAGGAAGUUCGAUGUCAAAGUGACGAGUCUCAGGAAAAGGGGGCGGAAGUCUUGAAGUUAAGGAAGCAGCUGAAUGAGUUCAUUGAAGAGAGGGCAGGCUGGCUAGAUGAGGUAAACAGGAAACACUCUGAAAUGGUGGCUGCUCGGAUUACAUUGGAGAAGCUUCGGCAGCAUGAGCAGUACCUUACUACAGAAAAUGAAUUGCUGAAGGUGGAUAACACAAAUCAUAAGAAGAAGGUUAUGGCACUGGAGCUAGAGGUAAAAAAGCUAUUAGGACAGCAGAACCUUCAGCAACGCAUUCAUCAUCAUGCAAAAAUCAAGGAAGAAAACGAUAAUUUGAAGGUCCAAAAUGAGGAGAUUGCUGAUAAACUCAGGCACACCGAAGGCCUUCUUUCACGCGUGAGUAAUGAGCUUGCUUGCUACCGUGCUUCUAAUGGAAAGAGCCCUUACUUUGAUCUUGAUGAGGAGGAAAGACUAAAGAACAAAUUAAAAGAAACCGAAGAUGAGAGACUCCAGUUGGCACAGAAACUAUUGUGCUUGUGUACUAGCAUUCUGAAGGCUGCUGGAAUAACACAUCCCACCCAAGAUAUAAAUCCUUAUGUUGCUGAGGAUGCUCUGAAUAAGCUCAAGGAUCAAGUUUCUUCUGCAGAAAGAGAACUGCAAGAUUUAAAAUUCAAGAAUAAAAUAGCAGGGGAAAGGAUUCAUCUAAGCGGGCUUAGACCUCAAGUUUCACCAUUAAACUCCAAGCCAUCAGAGUUGGAUAUCAGCUCUCCUAUUCAUAAUUAAGAACGAGUUGCUCAAAUUUACCUCUCAAUUUUAAUGUAGGGUGCACAUAUCUUUCAUGGUGUUAGUGUUUUGCUAACAGAAGUUGCAGAUUCCUUCUGUUUUGUUAACAAAAGGUGUUCUCUCAGGUUCCUUCCUGUAAUAUUAUGUACAUGGAGAUCAGGCUUGUAUUAUGGCCUCGCCCAUUUCAUGUGUAUGGAGCUCAUUCCAUGUGUGUAUGGAGUUUGAUCAAUAAGUUGAUUCUUUUGUAUGGAGCUCAUUCCAUGUGUGUAUGGAGUUUGAUCAAUAAGUUGAUUCUUUUGUAUGGAGCUCAUUCCAUGUGUGUAUGGAGUUUGAUCAAUAAGUUGAUUCUUUUGUAUGUCUAUAUUGUAAAGAGAAUUAAUUCGAUCA